AUGCCUCUGAAUCGAGAUGAAUACAGACAAGGAGCGAUCAUCGGUGAAGGUGCCUAUGGGGUGAGUUUCAAACCGUUUGUAUCUUAUCCUUGAUCGUUUUAGAAGGUUUAUGCCGUCACACAUCGCGCGACUGAUCUGAGGGUAAGUCGUUUUUCUUUUUGUUGUGUCAUCUUUAGUUUAAUUUAUGUCGAGAUCAUUUUUUUUCCAAGCUUUUUUUAAAAUAACUUCACGCAAAUUUUUGAAAUUUAUACCUAAAACAAUUUGAGGCGGAUCAUUUUGAGUACCUAAAAUUUUUACCAAUGUUAUUGAUAAUUGAUAUUGUGUUUUUUAUCCUCUCACUUUUCUUAUUGUGCCUUAGUAUUACGUUUCCAACCUUAUCUUAGAUGGUCAUGAAAGUUGCACGAAUUCGACCAGAAGACGAUGGAAUUCCUCAAGCUCUUCUUCGAGAGAUCUCCAUUUGUGCUUUGCUGAAGAAGAUGAACCACCCCAAUCUCGCCAGGUACGUACAUUAUAAAAUUUUAUUCAUACAAUUCAGGUUCAUUGAUGCAUUCAUUACCGAAAGUAACCAUCAAUACAUCCGGAUUGUGUUUGAACGGUGUGAUUUCGAUCUCUCUCGUUAUCUCCACGAAUUGCCAAUGAAUAUGGGAGAAGCUCAAUGUAAAUAUCUGUCGGUUCAAGUAAGCUAGUUUUAUUGUAUUGUUUCAUCCUUUUCAGUUGUUACGUGGAGUUGACUUCCUGCAUUCUUAUGGCAUCUUGCAUCGAGAUAUUAAACCGCAGAACAUCCUGGUGAACAGGGAUCAUCAAGUUAAGAUUACUGACUUUGGUUUAUCCCGGACUUAUUCUCUUCACACCACAUUCACAUCAAAGGUACGGAAGUUUAUGAAAGUUAGAAGCUUCGUCUCGUGUGGUUUUCAAUUCUAAUAGUUGUUUUCUUCAGACAGUCACCCUUUGGUAUCGAUGUCCGGAGGUUCUUCUCCAAUGCAAGUACAAUACAGCCGUCGAUAUCUGGUCGACUGCGUGUGUGAUCGCAGAGUUAAUGAACCGGACGGCACUCUUCCCUGCGAAUACCGAGGCCAGUAUGCUAAAGCUGAUCUUUCAGUAAGUUGAUUUCUCUAUUACUUGUGACUCUAAAUAUUACAUCAGUAGUAGAAUAAUUCCACUAUUUAGGACGAUUGGAACUCCAUCUGCCGCGAUAUGGCCACUUGAUGCGAUUGUAGAUGUUAAUUGUUUCGAGAAAUAUGCCCCCAGGCCCAUGCGAGAUCUGGUUCCUCGAAUGUCGUUGCCCGGUCAACACCUUUUAUCGGCCAUGUUAUCCUUCCUUCCCUACGAAAGACCGACGGCUCAAGAAUGUCUGGGAAGCGACUACUUCAAGGGAAUGUAA